UUUGAUAAUUGAAAUUGACUGAAAUACAAUUGAAACACAAUGUUGUGGUGACGUCGAGUGAAAUAAAGAAUACAUAUUUUCGAACUUUAAAAAGGAAAAGUAAAUUUAAAGUUUUAAAAAAUCUUGCUCUGACAUCACAGAUUGUUGAUAUCUGCGCCACAGCAGUGCACAAACAAAACAAAGCCACACACUCGGAGCUCGUCCUCGUGGGGAAGGUGUUGCGCUGUGCGGACUGCGGGACUUUAGGGGUAUAGGAGAGAGUGGCGACGUUCUCUUUGAUUGCUGGGGACAUUUUCCUGGAAAUACGGGCUCUUAUUUGUAUUCAUUUUUUUUUCUACGUUCUUAUAAAGUUUGAGGAGCACUCCGCUCUUGCUGCCCGUGUCAGUGUGCCAGGCUACAAAAAUUGUCAACAAUGAGCUCCACUCCCCCAAAAAGCCCGGAGGAGGCUUUGGGAGAGUCUUGGGUGGAUCUGACGUACCAGACGGCGUCGCCGCGGCGCGCUACCCCGCUGCCGCUGGGCAGCGAGGACUACCUGCGCCUGCUGCGGGAGGCGCAGCGUGAGAGCAACGCCACGUCCACGCGCGGCUCGCUGGCCUCCUCUCGGCGUGACUCGCCCAAAGACUGCGUCUCGCCCAAGUCGCCGCCCAACAGCCCGAACCCCGAGUUUGCCACUGACCUGGAGGAGCUGCGCGACUACUACCUCAACAAGGAGGAUGUUCUCGGGAUGGAGAAGAGCACCGACUGGGUCUGGGACUGGAGCAGUCGGCCCGACCUCACACCGCCAAAAGACUGGCGGUUCCGACACCCGACCGGGCUGACCAACCGGGCGCUGAGCAUCCGCAACGCCAAGGUGGGCAACACGGGCAUCUUCUCGCGUGGCGUGCUCUGCACCUUCAUCGUCACCAACAUCCUGUCGCUGCUGCUCGGCGCCGGCCUCGGCUACUGGCUGAGUAAGAAGACGGUGGUGCUGCAGCUGGUGCCGCUGGACUAGGCGCCGCGCCGGUCGGCCGCGCCGCCCCGACCCGGCGGCCGGCACAUGUGAUAUGGGACUGAGGGAGACACUGGCGGGCAGUGAGGACGGUGCGGCGGGCACCCGCCCCGGGCACUGCCGACUCGACACGCCGCGACGACACGAUUCGGGCCAUACCGGCUGUAACCGGUGUGCUGAGCGGCCGGCUCGGCCUCAUCCGACAAUAAUUAUUGGCAGCGCUGAGGGCGCGGCCCAGCGGCGGUGGCGACCCCUGCCGUGGAGACUUUGGCGCUGUCUACGGCAGUGUCGUUAGCGACGUCUAUCGCCGGCCUCUGCACGGUGACCACCGCUGAGAGCUGGUCCCAGUCGACUGGCGAGGUCCGUGGCUCUCUCAGCUGGUGUCGUGAGGCCUGGAAUCGGCUGCCGCCAGAGGAACACCUUGGCUAGCUGUCGGAUGGCCGAUGCUAGGUAUUCGCGAUCACCACAGUGCUAAAUCGGAAUGUCGCGACGGUUUCUCGGAUAGUGCAUAUUGUUAGUUACUUCUUAUUAUGGUUUAGCUCCGAUGAAAUGUAUUGUAACUUUGAAACCCGGUGCAUGCAUGUAUAUUUUUGUAUUCUUUCUAUAUGUUUAUAUCAUUGACCCUAACCUGCUCUAUAAAUGUCCAGUUUUAGCCUAAUCUCUGUGGAAAGAUGUAAAUCUUCUUGAAGUCAUCUUACGCAAAAUUGUUGUACACGUAUGUGAAAAUACGUGUUCAGUCAUGCUAGCCAAAUUUUACCGAUGUCUGCUUCCGUGUCACCACGCUGUUGCUGCCCCAAUGGACUAUAAUUGCCACCUGUGAUGUAUUUUUGUACCGUUAAAUCGCGGUCGGCGGCCUGGCCCGCGAGUGAGGCGCGGCGGUCCGCUCUUGUGUUUCUGUCUGUAACUGGACAGUCGGGCAGCGGUCCGGCGCGCGGCACACUACGGCGCCAGCCUCUGCUGGACGGCAGCGCGUCUGCACGGCGCGGGCGCCGGAUCUUCAGUCCCGGGCCGGUCCUGGCGGGCCGCUGGAGCCCUCUGUGCGGCGCGCGGUGACUCGCCGCUCGGGACCGGGCGCCGCCAGCGCCGCGCGCGCGCCUACUGUCCCCAGUUAAAGGCCCGGCAUCGGUAAGAUCGCUUUAACUAGGUGUAGUGUGGCGUGACGCGUCCUCUGCGUACUUCUAGUUCCAGUUAGUUCAAUAAACUCUUUUAUGUU